AUGUCAACACUAUUUCAAGCAAUAAUGUGUCUUUUAUAUGAUGAAAAUUUAUUUUUUAAAAACAAUCGAAAUUUAAUAUAUGAAUCUAGUAAUAUAAGAUUAUGUAGAAAGUUAAAUGAAUUUAAUAGUCCUUUUAAAGCUAUCCAAGCUUAUAAUAAAACAAUUCCAAAAGAUAACUGGAGAUAUGUAGUUAUAACAAGAAAUCCUGUUGAUAGAUUUAUUUCAAAUUUUAUUGAUAGAUGUAUAAGAAAACCAACAAAAGAAUAUAAUUAUAUGUUAAAAGAAUCCAAUUCAGUUAUGAUGAGAAAAGAUUUUGAAGAUAUGCAUUUUUUCCCUCAAAAUUGGAGAUGUAAUUUUAGGAAAAUAUUAUCAAAUUACACUGUAAUAAAAUAUCAAAAUAAAAAUAUUCGAGAUAUUGAGGAAGUUGUUAGUUCAUUAAAUAACAUUUUUUAUGAACAAAAAGUUCCAAAUUCAACAUUAACAUUUAUUAGAAAUCAACUAUUGUCUUCAAAAACCAUGCAUACAACAAUUGAUACAAAAGCAAGGGAAUUUUUUGAAAAUCGCCUUACCAGAAGUCCAUUUCUUAUGGAAUAUAUUAUAAGAAUGUAUUACUAUGACUUUAAAUUAUUUAAUUAUACUAUUCCUGAGAUUAAAUUUUAA